AUUACUUGUUUGGUGUUCCCAGAGUCUCUGGUGUUCCACUUUGUGACAGACAAAAAUUAAAAAUAGGCUCUGCUCUCUUGCUGGCUGUGGUGCAAUCAAUACCCCGAGUAUCCAUAUAAAUUGCAUUGGAGGAUACUUAUAUUCAGUGGUAGGGGUAGAGAUCAGGGUAGGCCUAGAUCUCUAUUAACUGUGGUUAGUAAAUCCGUUGGUCCUCUUUGACGAGUAGUUUUUGCUCUAUCUUCUCGACUCAACGGGACAGAUCUUUUUCCAGGUUCAGAACCUUCUAACUUGCCGUUUUUUAGCUGGCACUGGGUUUACCAGAAAUUUGUGACAACCUUCAGACGUUAAAAGUGUUCCGUUUUCAAUCAAGUCUACACGACAUAACAAACAGCCUGUUGUCCCUUCAGCAAGAAGCUAUCUCAUCGAAAAAGUUGGAGGGAGAGAAGCAUUUCAAGGGAGCAAGUCACCACUGUAAUCUCAUGUCAUUACCUGUUUGCAAAUUUUAUAACACAAGUCAGUCAUGCAGGUUUGGUAAAAACUGUCGAUUUUUACACCCCAGAAGUCAGAGACCUCCGCCUUCAAGUUUUAAUCCAAGAAAUCAAAAUGAGGAUUCAGUAAGUAAAGAGCUCGCCUCCCAGGAUUUGCCACCCGUCUAUUCCAGAAACGACCAGUUUGCUUCACAGAGCCAAGAUGAGGAGUCAGUGAAUCAAACAUCAGUAAAGCUUCAGGCUUCUCAUAUUGAAGACAAGCCCAAGCAAGAAUUGCCACAAAGCAGAGUUCGCCCAAAGAGCAACCAAAAGAUUUGCGUGCACUUUGCACAAGGUGGAAAUUGUUAUUAUGGAAGAAAUUGCAGAUUUUCCCAUGCUCUCCCAAGGGGACAUAAUCCUCGCCAGCAGCAGCAUCGUCAGCAGGGUCAAAGGCGACGUGAAUAUGCGUCUGCUAAUCUUGCUCCCCGGUUUAGAGGAUAUGAGCAAGAAUCACAGGAUCAGUCCGAUGCUCCGACAGAGAAAUCGGAAAACUUGAAGUCUGGCUCAGUGAGAUCUGAGGUCAGCAAAGAUGGCCGUGACCGUUGGUCAUCUAAGCCUGUGGAACCAAAGCAGGUGAGGGAGGUCCAGGGACCAAAGUCUAAUGCACGAAGAAUUUGCCCAUUUUACAAGUCAAAUCGGUGUAACAGGGGAGAGCGCUGCAGGUUCUUGCACCCUCCUGAUAUACUGAAUGAUCUUGGGAAAGAAGAAUCGGAACAGAAGGAAGAGGGUUCCUCGGGAAACAUCUCAAGGAAAGAUAACGAGACGCGAAAAGUCAUUGUUCAAAUUGAUCAAAAGAGAAAUGUUGGCCGACCAGUUUUGAAGCCUGUUUUGUCAUAUUCCGAGUUUGAGGAAGUUGGCAUCAAUAGGCUGCGACAGUGGGAAGUCAGCAUCAUCCAAAAACGAUUUCCUAAAGACAAGAUCACAGUCGUGGAAGAUGAUGAAAACAAGUUCGCCGUUCGCAUCAAGUUCUCACCCACUGAUCCUGACUGGCCAUUUGAUGUGAAUAUGUUUGAACUGCUUGUCUCUGUACCAGGCAGCUACCCAAAACAGAUGCUGGAGGUCAGCCUUCCUAAGGAUCAAGAUCUCCCAGAGACUGUGAGAAGGUAUAUUGAUAUUACCAUAAGAGAAUGGCUCAUGGACAAGAAAAAGCGACUUGAGUCUGCCAACAAGGUGGAACUUGUGUUUCGCCCCUUCCUCAAGUGGCUGGACAGAAGUAUUGAAGAUAUUACCACAGAGGCUCUGAAGCAGCUGAAGCGGGAGCUGGUAGCAAAAGCUGCCGGGAUGGAGUUCAUCUCCCCACAACAACUGCAGGAAAGAUUCCGGACAAAGAGUGGGUCGUCUGGGGAGGGGGGAGAGAGGAGUGACCCGGAGGAGGAGAGUCUGGAGGAUUCGGACGAAGAAACUGAUGACAGCGAUGACGACGACGACUCGAGCGAGGACGAAGAAGAUGAGGGAAAUGGAGAGAACCCGUCGCUGAGUCUGGAGCCGGAGAAGAAAGGCACGGAGAUUGAGUUCCGACAUCUGCAGCUCAAGGGGAACGCAUCAGCCCUGCUGGCGGACAGACUGAAGGUCGUGAUCCAGUGUGGCCGGUGCAAGAACCACGCAGACCUCACCGUCCAUCAGGGCAAGGUGGUGUCCUUGAGCUGCGGCAAGUGUAGCCAGAGGCAGUUCGUGAACUACCGUGCGGCGCUGAUGCAUCAGUUCUCCUCCACCGUGGGCUACCUGGACGUGGACGGCUGUCAGCCGUUUGACCUUGUCCUGCAGGAGUGUCGGGUCUUCGUCUCCUGCUUGGGCUGCAGCAAGCAGACCAAAAUAGAGGGUCUCAUUUCGGGGCAGAUGAUUGAUGGUUGGUGCCAAGCCUGCAACGCUAAGUUCAAACUGGCGACCGAGUCGGUCAAGUUCACUCAGCUGGUACCCUCGGGAGUUGACACCUCGGUGAGCAAUGUGGUGGAAGUGGCUCCGUCCAGAACACGCAAGCCUCCCAAAGACCCGGCCAUCAGAGAGGGCCUUCCCCUCCCGGAGUUUGGCACGUGCAAGCACUACAAGCACAGCUAUCGCUGGCUGAGGUUUCCCUGCUGCGGCAAGGCCUACCCGUGUGACGUCUGCCACGACAAGAAGGAGGACCACGAGAUGACGCUGGCCAACCGCAUGAUCUGCGGCCAUUGCUGCAAGGAACAGAACUUCUCGGCAUCUCGCCCGUGCUCCGCCUGCGGCCAGCACAUGACCAAGAUCCGCUCGGCCCACUGGGAAGGCGGCCGCGGCUGCCGGGACAAGAUCAGCAUGAGCCGCAACGACCAGCAGAAAUACCGCAGCCUGCACAAGACGCAGUCCAACCACAGGAAGAAGGUUCAGAGCGGGGCUUCCUCCAAGAAAAACACCAAGCUCCGACAUUCAUAAGUCUGGAGAAUCCACCGGAAGAACACAUGCGGAUAACUUUACAACGACAGAUAUACGCCUUUGGCCGAUAUUUAUAGUAAAGGCUUUCUUGUUUGGCGUCUUUGAGCCAAAAAAAAAAAAUGCGUGGCCAAACCGAGGCUCAGACCUGGACUUUCUGCUUUGGAGACAAGCGCACUAACCACUCCGCCACCGCGCCACUGUAAGAUACAGGCUUUACAAAUACUGCAAUAGUGCUUUGUGGUCGUGUUGUCACCGUGAACGACAACAAAGUGGGAAUCCUUCAAUGACGUGAAACAAGAUAGCUGGUAGGCCUACUAUAAAUAUCGGCCAAUGCCGUACAUCUGUCGUUCUUAAGUUAUCCACAUGUCUAGAUGAACACCCAAACUUACACGUGCGUAAGUGUGGAGAAUCCACCCAAAGAACAUCAAGCUUAGACAUGUAUAAAAAAAGUGUGAAGAAUCCGCCAGAAAGAACAUCAAGCUUAGACAUGUAUAAGUGGGGAGAAUCCACCAAAAGAACAUCAAGCUUAGACAUGUAUAAGUGUGGAGAAUCCGCCAGAAAGAACAUCAAGCUUAGACAU